GGUGGCUUUGCGGCCUGCCCCCCAGGGCCCCGCCCCACCUCCCCGGCCCGUCGCGCUCGCGGCCAGCGAACUGCGCAAAAGGUUCCUGUGGGCGCUUCGGCGCGCGCGCCCUUGGGUGGUUGUGUCAAGGGUUCUCGAAAACAGCAAUCGGGAAGUGGGGUGAUCUGUUGGUCGGUCUCGGCCUCUCCAGCUAUCAGCUACGCUUCCGGACGACAUGCUGUCAACAAACGGGAACGCGCCCGAUCUUCCAUUCUUUCAGCAGUUAGCCAACAUGUACUGCGAGGAAGACGCUCACGGCAUCCCUAGCCUCGGCGCGCUUUGCAGCAAAGAGAUGGAGCUGAGAGAGGCGCACCCUAUCCCGACCGAAGUGGAGACGAAGUUGAAGCACUACGCGCCUCGUUGCGACGUGAGAGCCUACGCCUGCGACAAGUCGCUUGCUCGAAGUUUGAAAGCGCCCCCUUGGGUGGCGCGUUUUCAGGCGGGGCGGCGUAUGUUCGCGGCCGGCGUUGGUGUGUUUCUUUCAAUUCGCCCUUCCCGCCGCGCGGGCGGGGCCAGCAGGGGGCCCGCAGGCUGUUAUUGCUGCUACCGGCCGGCGAGCCAAAACCCCGAAACCGCGCGGCGCGCGUAGCUGCCCGCGCAGAUUUCGCAAACGCCGCGGCGGGUUUGCUGCCUCCCUGCCUGCGCACCGUCGGGCUUUUUUUUCACUUGAUAGUGUAGUCAGC